AUGACCCUUUCUUCAAUCUCUCGGUUCAUGUCCUCCUCAGUUGGCGUCAAAAGUCACAAAUUCUCAAUCUUGCGGUUCUCUUCUGCCUCAGAUGGGGAGAUAAUCUACAAUCGGCUGCAGGAAAAUGGUGGCAACAUUGAGAAAACCCUUUCAUCAAUCAAUGUCCAAUUGGACUCCAAAUGUGUAAGCCAGGUCUUACAGAGAUGCUAUCCUAGCCAAUCCCAAAUGGGUCUUAGGUUUUUCAUAUGGGCUGGUCUUCACUCCAGUUAUAGGCAUAGCUAUUUUAUGUACAGCAAAGCUUGUGAACUGUGUGAGAUUAAGCUAAACCCAAGUGUGAUUUUUGAUGUUUUGGAAGCUUAUAGAAUUGAAGGGCGCUUUGUUAGUCUUAAGGCUUUUAAGGUUGUCUUUAAUUUAUGUAAAGAAGCUAAGCUGGCCGAUGAAGCUUUGAGGGUAUUAAGGAAAAUACCGGAUUUUGGUUUGCGUCCAGAUACUACUGUGUAUAAUGUUGUUAUAAGGUUGUUUUGCGAUAAAGGUGAUAUGAAUGUGGCUGAAAGUUUGGUGAAAGAGAUGGGCUUGGUGGAUCUUUUGCCCGAUUUGAUCACAUACAUGGUAAUGAUUAAUGGGUUUUGUAAGGUGGGUCGGUUAGAUGAUGCUUGUGGGUUGUUUAAGGUUAUGAAGGGACAUGGUUGUUUGCCUAAUGCUGUGGUGUACUCGGCACUUCUUGAUGGGUUUUGUAGGUCUGAGAAAAUGGAGAGAGCUUUGGAGUUAUUGACAGAGAUGGAGAAGAAAGGUGGGGAUUGUAGCCCUAAUGUAGUAACAUAUACGUCUGUGAUUCAAAAGCUUUGUGACAAGGGUCGGUCGAAGGAGGCGUUGGUUAUUUUGGACCGAAUGGAAGCUUGUGGAUGUGCUCCAAGUCGUGUAACGGUUAGUGCUCUAAUUAAGAGUUUUUGUGUGGAGGAUCAAGUUGAAGAGGCUUAUAAACUGAUUGAUAGAGUUGUUGUGGGACGUAGUGUUACAUAUAGUGAUUGCUAUAGCUCUCUUGUUGUGUCUUUGGCAAGAGUUAGAAAACCUGAAGAGGCAGAGAAGGUCUUGAGGAUGAUGCUUGAUAGUGGGGUGAAACCAAAUAGUUUGGCGUGUAGCAUUAUGUUAAAAAAGGUUUGUUUGGAAGGACGGGUGAUAGAUGGAUUUUGCUUGUUUGAUGAACUUGAGAAGAUGGAAUGCUUGUCUUCCAUUGACUCUGAUACUUACUCAAUUCUUUUAGAGGGCCUUUGUGAACAAAGGCAUUUAGUGGAGGCUGCAAAGCUGGCAAGGUUAAUGCUAAAGAAAGAAAUUAAGCUGAAAGCUCCUUUUGUUGACAGUAUAGCUGAGAUCCUGAAGAAAUCCGGAGAUGAGGAGUUAGUUAAGCAUUGCCACGGAAGUAACCAUCUGGUGAUUCCUACAAGAGAUUACUGCUUUGCACCAUCACUGAGUGAUACAUGUUGUGCUGUAGACUUCAUUCAUGAUACAAAUGACAUGAGUCAUAAAACAGUUGAAGCUGAAUACACUCAUCCAGUGUCGUUCUGA